CUUUGUAUACAUGUCGCUACCAGAGUCGAUCCUUAAAUGUCGAAUUGCAUACACUUUGCCAUGACGCUAGAUACAGUAUUAUCGUAGAUUAUGUUUUGUUUACAUUUGUGAGCCAGCGGUAACAACAAGCAGAAAAUGACUGAUGUGCUGAGAGAAAGGAGAGAACGGUCCCAAAAACGGAAACAGUUGCUGGCGCAGACAUUUGGUGUAUCGAAUGUAGACGAACUCCGACAAGCCCUUGGUACUUCAAUUGAACCUAAACCAAAGAAAGUUCCUAAGGAGGAAAAACAGGUAGAGGAAAACGUCCAGGAAAAAGUAGUUACAGAAGACUCAACAACAGAUGAACUGGUAUACACCGAUUCAUCAACAUUCCUGAAGGGUACUCAGUCAUCUAAUCCACAUAAUGAUUACUGCCAGCAUUUUGUGGACACAGGUCAGAGGCCACAGAACUUCAUCAGAGAUGUAGGACUGGCUGAUAGGUUUGAAGAAUAUCCCAAGCUGAGAGAGCUCAUCAAGUUGAAAGACGAUUUGAUAGCAAAGACAGCAUCUCCGCCAAUGUAUCUGAAGACAGAUCUCCAGACAUUUGAUAUGAAGGAACUGAACAGCAAAUUUGAUGUGAUUCUUGUAGAGCCACCACUGGAAGAAUAUCAGAGGACCAUGGGUGUUACCAAUAUGCAGUUCUGGGGAUGGGAUCAGAUAAUGCAGCUUGAUGUUGGAGAAGUAGCAGCUGCACGCAGUUUUGUUUUUCUUUGGUGUGGAUCUUCUGAAGGUUUGGACAUGGGCAGAGUUUGCCUACGAAAGUGGGGAUUUCGUCGGUGUGAGGACAUUUGUUGGAUCCGUACAAAUAUUAAUAAUCCAUCACACUCAAAAAAUUUAGAACCAAAGGCUGUUUUCCAGAGAACAAAGGAGCACUGUCUGAUGGGAAUCAAAGGAACUGUUCGGCGAUCCACCGAUGGAGAUUUUAUUCAUGCAAAUGUGGAUAUUGAUUUAAUCAUCUCUGAGGAGCCAGAAUAUGGGUCCUUGGAAAAACCUGUUGAAAUAUUCCAUAUUAUUGAACACUUCUGUUUGGGAAGUAGAAGGUUGCAUGUCUUUGGACGAGAUAGUACAAUCAGACCAGGUUGGCUUACAAUAGGGCCUGAAUUGACUAACAGUAAUUUUAAUGCUGAGUUAUAUGCUAGUUAUUUUGCCAAUGGACAGACAACAACAGGCUGUACAGAAAGAAUAGAAGCACUGAGACCAAAAUCCCCUCCACCAAAAGGCAAAGGAUCAUCUGGUGGACGAGGCAGAGGAGGGCCAUCUAGGGGUGGUUUCUCACGGGGUCGGGGCAGGGGUAGAUAAUAAUAUUUGUGUUCAUACCUUCUCUCAUAUAAUAACAAUGUGUGUGCCACACAGAGAUCAGAAAUGAAACAUACCAGGAAAUAAUGAAAACUGUGACUUAGAAGAAUGUGCGAUGUGUGUUGACUAUACAUGUAGUAAGCAAGCAAACAUGAUUCUAAAGUUUUAAUUACUAAUUUGCAAUGUAUAAUACUUUAUUAAUGUGCAUAUAUCCUAAACCAAGAUUUAACUGCCCACAUGACUUGUAGUAAAUACAAGUGAGAUUUUAACAUGGAUUUCAUGUGUUGCAGAUAUUUGACAAAUUUAAUAAUUUUGUCAGUUUCUGCUUUAGUACUUUAUUUUAUAGUGAUCUUCCUAAAGACUUUACUGUAAAUUAUUUUAUGAUUAACUUUCUAUGAAAGAUGAUGUGUUAUAAAACUGGUGUAUAACUUCUUGUCUGAAAUAUAACUAGCAUUGAAUGUGACAUGAGAGACAGGAUAAGUAAUUAAACAUUUUGAGAACUGUUUCAGUAAGGGUCAAACUACUCACUUCUGAAAAAAUCAUCCAAAAAUCCUGUGCCUUAAUCAUCACAGUUUUCUCUGUAGGAAACAGUUAAAGAACAGGGAAAUGCUAGAACAGCUGGAUGCUAUACUGUGCUACCAGUGUGUUCCGACAACCAAAACAGUAUCUCUUAAUUCAUAAGUCCUGAGAAUAGGAAUAGCAUAAAUAUCUUCCAUUGCACACAUGCAGUGUAUUACUACACACAGGGCUACUAUAAAUGAUUCAUUUAUUUCCAAAGCUCUGUGUUUUACAAAGUAUUACAUAUGCAAAUUAGACUGAUGCAUGAAUAGAGCAGUAAACUCACCAAGUUUGUUCAAAAAGAUUUCGGGCUUGCAGCUGGUCAUCAUAAACUUCAUUGCACAAUAUUUCGGCUGGACAACUGCCAGCCAUCUUCAGGUGAGCCGAACGAGGACUGACGAAGAUGUUCUCCACUCUGUCUUUUAUAGUGUGCUGAUAGUACUGCCGUGCAUGCAUUGCAGUCGCGGAGACAGAAGGGCCACACUGCCCAGCGGCAGCGCUCCCGCUGGUGGAACUGCAAUACUCAGCUGCCAUCGGUAUUGUUGCUGGCCGCAGCUAUCGAAGUCUUCUGGCGUCUUCAUCUCGAGCAAAUUUCGGAGAUGACGGGAUUCCAUGCAUUAUUCAACUGGUAACCACUGUCGUGGUUCAUUAGAUUUCCCACAAUGCGUAUUUCAACGGAUUCUUUGAUAAUGGAAUCCCCAAAAGUUGUUGCUGUGGCCAAAAUCGAAGUUUUGUCGUACUCCAUUGAAUGUCUGUUAGAAAUAUGAUGUUCUGCAACUGUAGACUUACUGGGUUGCAGUAGGCGAGUGCAAUGUUGAUGUUCUGUACAACGCUCCUCCACUGUACGCAUUGUCUGUCCUAUAUAGGCCAUACCACAUUGACAUGGUAUUUUGUAAAUUCCUGCCUUCUGCAGUUACAAGUCAUCCUUCACCGAUCCCAGCAAAUUCGAAAUCUUAAAAGGUGGCCAAAAAACCACUUUCACAUGAAAAUUAUUAAGAAUCCUCCCAAUCUUGAAGGAGAUAUUUCCAACGAAGGGAAGAAAAGCUAGGGACUUGGCUGGCGCGUUCUCCUCUUUAUCCACUUCUCGGUUCCUGGCUUUUGUUGAGAAGGCCCAGUUAAUUUCCCGGGUCGACUAUCCAUUGCCUCUGAACACCGUCCUCAAAUGUGCAAGUUCCUUAAGCAAAUUCUCAGCAUUUGACACUGUAUGUGCCCUGUGCACAAGGGUUUUAAGUACACUCAUGAUCUGGGAUGGGUGAUGGCAACUUGAAGAAUGCAAGUACAAAUCAGUGUGAGUGGGCUUACAAUAGACAGAAUGUCCCACCGAGCCAUCACUCUUCCGUUUAACCAAAACAUUGAGGAAUGGAAGGCAGCCAUCUUUCUGUAGUUCCAUAGUAAAUCGAAUAUUCUCAUGGAUGGAGUUAAGAUGAUGAAAAAACUGCAUUAACUUUUCUUCUUCAGGGGGCCACAUUUUACACUCUAAAAAUGUUCUGCAAUUGCCCUUCUGGUCACAUGACGCAUGUUCAAGUGGUAGUCAAGUUCGCUACGCACCUUAUGCAGUAACGGUCUGUCUGUGGUCAUCACAGCAGUGUUGAUGUGUUCUCUAAGAUGUUCCAGUGUUCUGGGCAGUGGAGGUAAGUAAACGUGGUCCUUAAUGUACCUGCAAAAAUAAAAGUUCGCAAGGCACGAGGUCAGGCAACCUAGGGACCAAAGAAACAUAGUCACAUCAUCUUCACCACUAUGCCCAAUUCAGCAAGUUCAUUGUUCAGGUAGCAAUGAAUAUCGAAGCUCCAGUGAGGGGUACCCCGUCAUGUUGGAAGAUGACGUUCUUGGUAUCAGCAGUCGACUUUGAAAACAACCACAACUGCUACGUACCAAGUUGAGAGGUAUCCGUCACAGCCUUCCCACGGAAGAAAAACUGCCCAUACAGCUUUGUCUGUGACAUUGCACAGUAAACAUUAACCUUUCACAUAUCUUGUUCAAGUGCCAAAAUUUCCUGAGGAUUUUUAGUGCCCCACAUUCUCACGUUGUGGCGAUUAACCUUUCCAGAUAAAUGGAAGGUUGCUACAUUGCUGAAUAUUUGACUGCAUACAAAACUUUCUCUCAAACUCUCCAUAAUUGUAUCCAGUACACUUGGCUGACCGGUAAUUUUCUACUUACAGAUAUAACCUGUGUCCCUAAAUUGUCAAUGCCAGUGCACAGUGCUCUGUGUAUAUGGCAGUUCUUUUCCAUACUUCCUUAUGAAUGCACACUGCUCUGUUUCAACAGAUAAACAUCUUGCAUGCUCUAACACAUGAAAAAUCUUUUCUUGCUUUGUUGCCAUUUUGUCAAGACACUGCACUCGUAGUGCCAACCAGUGCACACAAUGCAGAUUCACUGAGUUUACUGUUAUACUCAUGCAUCAGUCAUAUUUUUGCACUAAUAAUGCUGUGGAAAAUAUAAAACUUUGAAAAUGAAUGAUCAUUUAUAGUACCCCUGUAUAAUUACUACUUGACAUAGAUUGUAACAAUUUGGUAUUUUUUGUUUGUAAGUUCCAAAAAAACAUUAAAUUUGUGGCUGUUAGUCAGGUUUCUUAAUGAAAACUUUAGGAAAAAGAGCUUAAAUGUUGUAUACACCUCAUAGUUCAUUAGGUAAAGCACAGUGUAAAUAAACUCUCUUUCAUUAUUGUUUUUCAACCUUAUUAGCUAAAAUAAUCAACGAAUAACAUCCUCAGAUAUCUUAAGUUUUGCUG